GAAAAGGAAGUUAAAUACGUGCGAUUCAAGCAGACGUGCCUGGGAGGUCUCUGUUUCACACAAGAGGUGUCUGUCUAUUAUCACUCUGGUUGUUGGCAUUUUACAAUAAGCUUGGUGUAAGCUUCCGUGACACUUGCUUUGGCUGGCAGCAUAAUGCCAAUGGACCCCGGACACCACAACAGGAUACCUGCAUCAGGCCAAAGUCAACAGAUGCCAACGACUUCUUCUGUGUGGCUGCCUGACACAGAAGUUAUUGCCAACUACAAUUUCCCAGGCCGUUCAGGGGAAGACCUGCCAUUCCAGCGUGGAGAUGUCCUGACCAUAAUCAAAAAUACUUCAGAUCCCAACUGGUAUCGCGCAAGAGACCAGUAUGGAAAGAGAGAAGGAAUGAUACCAGCCAACUAUGUACAAGAAAGACGUACAGUUAAACCACACACAAUGCCAUGGUAUCAUGGCAAGGUGUCCCGACUGGAAGCAGAGCAACUGCUGCAGCCUCGCAAGGACGGCCUGUUUCUCAUCCGCGACAGCAACAACUACAAGGGCCACUACACGCUGUGUCUGAGCUGUGGGCCCAAGGUGGAGCACUACCACAUUAAGUACCAGAACAACCAGCUAACUAUAGACGACGAGGUUUACUUUAAAAACCUUCCCGAACUAGUCGAGCAUUAUACGAAAGAUGAGGAUGGACUGUGUACGAAACUGGUUACCCCGCUGACAAAGAAAGGAAACCAGUUUGUUUCAGCCAAUGUUGAUGACUUUAAGAAAGGUGGUUGGGCUAUUCCACUCAGUGAGUUGAAAUUCGGUGAACCUAUAGGAAAAGGAGAGUUUGGCGAUGUUUUUAAAGGUGUUUAUAAGGGAACACCAGUGGCCAUUAAGCAACUAAAAGAUAAAAACAAAGCAGAACAGACAUUUCUUCAAGAAGCUUCCCUAAUGACAUCUCUGCGACACCCAAACUUAGUUCAGUUGAUAGGUCUAGUGCUGCAGCCUGAGAUAUAUCUCAUCACCGAGUUCAUGGGAAAAGGAAACCUGAGAUAUCUCCGGUCUAGAGGACGAAAUGUUGUCACAAAGAAAGAGUCCAUUCACUUUGCCGUUGAUACCUGUUCAGCGAUGAGUUAUUUGGAAGAAAAGAACCUCGUACACCGAGAUCUAGCUGCUAGAAAUGUCUUACUCAAUGAUGAGGGAACAUCAAAGGUGUGUGAUUUUGGGUUAGCCAAGCAUACAGAGUACAGCACAGAUGGAGGCAAGUUUCCUAUUAAGUGGACGUCACCAGAAGCUGUGAGAGAAAAUAAAUUUACUACAAAAUCUGAUGUCUGGAGCUUUGGUAUUUUGCUGUGGGAAAUCUACUCAUUUGGGCGGGUCCCAUAUCCAAGAAUUCCCCUUGCAGAUGUCGUUAUGCAUGUAGAGAAAGGAUACAGAAUGGAGGCUCCCGAGGGAUGCCCCCCGGAAAUCUAUGCCAUCAUGAAAGAGACGUGGGCCAUGAACCCAAGUGAUCGACCUACUUUCCUUGCCAUCCUCGAGAAACUAAACCACAUCCGAUCCAUCACGGUGUAAAUUGUUUCAAACAUCACUACCAUGCAAUUUCAAAUUGUGAUCAAGCUCAUAAAGAAAAACAUUUGCUCGUAAAGUAAAUAGCUGUUUGUGCUCUUUACAUGGACUGUGUUUAGUUGGGUUUUUUGCCUUAUUGGUAAAAACACAAAGCAUCUGUGCCCUAGUGUGUCCGAAAGAGUCAAAUAUAUAUACUUUUUUUUUUUUUUAAUAUGCAUAGAUCAUACUGGAGAUGAUUAUUUUGCAGAAUGGUUUGAGACUGCUGGGUUUGAAUGAAGUGUUUUAAGCUGUAGGUAAAGUAUUAUAGUCGAUAGUCUUAAUGAAAUUAGCACUUAUUUGUUGUGUAAAGAGUAAGGCAGUAUAAAAAGACAGUUUUGAAGUAAGGGACAAUUGCUUUUGUUGUCUUCUGUUUUUUAAAGCAGCUGUCAUUAUAUGAAAUAAUAUCUUAUUGAGAUAAAAGGAUGAGUGCUUUAUUUAACGUUGUACAGGAUAUGUCUAUUCAAGCUUUUUAACAUAGGAUGAUGUUCACUGUUAGAAGAUACAUAUUCCUCAUUUCAGCUUCGUACAAUGAUUUAUGGACCUUAAAAAAACUAUUAACGUACGUUGUUUUCUUCUUUUUUUUUUAAUUAGUUUUUACACAUUUUAAAUGUGGGUUUUUUGCUCAUAUAAGGGCAUCAAAAUAAGUUAAAAAUGAUCAUUUUGGUUGUCAGGAGGUUACCGCAUGUCAAGAAGUGUUCUGAGUUAGAACAAAAUCUGAUUUAAACCAAAACGUAAAUGUUGAUCAUUUAUGAUAAGUAUAAUAGCAAGCAAUUUACAGCCUGAGAACUUCUUUUUUAAUUAUAUAAUAUACAGCUGAGUGAAUAUUUUUUAUAUCCAUGAUAAAGAUAAUUUCUGAAUUUCUGUGUAAUUUUUAUACACAGGGAAAUAUGUAUCUUUUAUAACUUAGUUCAUGACAGAUUUAUUAGAGAUGUCAGAAUAAGGAAAAAAGACAUGCUGUGCUUCUAGUGUGUAUUCUGUCUUCAGUCAAUACAAAUGUUGUGUUUUCUGUGCUUAAAAGUAUACUGAGACUAUUGCAUUCGUUAGAAAUGUCUAGUGUGUGUUAAAUUCAUGUGUGGAUGUGUUUUAAAGUGUUAUAUCGUUAUAUAAAUUAUUGAUGUCAUCUUUGAUUUUAUUUGAUUUAAAUUGGUAAAAAAGAAGAAAAAAUUGAAAUGGAUCAAAAUAUAAAAAAUGAUUUAAACAUUUUCAUUUUCCUAUUGUUUUUAUCUGAACCUGUCCUUGGGUGACCAAACAUUUUAGAAAUAAUAAAAAAUGUGUGUAUCUUUACACUUAAUACUGAAAUUGGCUCCUAAAUGUGUUUUUUUGUUUUUAAAUGUCUUUUCUUUUUUUUCUUCCUUUUUUUGUCUUUUUUUAUGUUUUUUUUUUGUCAGCACACAUGCUCUAAAACAAGAUAUUUUUAAACUUCCAUGAAAUGUCGUGCUUAAAUCAUGUAGAUACUUUAUUUUGUAUUGUAUAUUUUGUGUGAAAUAAUUUAAAAUGAAUGGAUCUUCUCUAAACUGAAUGUCAUGGCAAUGAAGAUGAACGUUCUUAUGGAGGAGUGGUCAGUUACAUGUCUGUAUGGUCUUGAUAUUCAAGAGAAAACAUUGUGUCAUAAAAGUUAAGAAAAAAAUGUUUUGAGAAAUGUUAUUUUGGUUUGGAGAAGUUUUAUUCCACUAAAACUUUAUCAUUUGUUUUAAUUUUGUAUGUAUUAAAAUGUUUUGUUUAUAUGUUGUUUUUUCCCAUGUUUUUUCCUCAAAGAAUUAGGUGU